GGACCACCAGCGUUCCCUUCGACUACUUAUAUGGCCCAAUUCCCACCAACUUGAACCCAGAAAUCACCACACUUCCUCACGACUCUCAACUCCUGCGAACGACUACUACGAACGAACCUCCCAUCUGACCCGAACCUUUCCAACCGAAAACACACCACAACAGAAAGAGACUUUCACUUUGUCAAGAUGGAAGCUGAACCCUCUCAACAGACCCAGCCUGCCACCCAGCAGGUUCUCGACCCGCGCCGCCUAGGCAGGAACAACUCCGGCCUCAACGAGGGCGAUAUCGCAGAUGUCCUCGUUAUCUUACACCCGGCUACACCCACUGCCAUCAGAAUCGUUGAGCAAUCAGCGAGGUACCGACCUGAACACGUACUGUUCAGGAACUCUCUGGAUUCGAUAAGUGGCUCCGUCACAGAUCCCGAAGAACAAGAGACGUUCAUCUUGAACCCUCCCGCAGAGCGAACAGUUCCCAGCUCACGUGCAGGCGCCGACCUCGCUCUUCGUCUCUCUUCCGCAAACAAGCUCAAGUUCAAGCAUCUUGGGUUCAUCUUUGGACGCAACCACCAGAGCUCUGAUAUCAUCUUCGGCCAAGACUCCGGAAAGCGAAUCAGCAACCAGCACUUCCGGAUCUACAUCAAUGUAGACGGCUUGUUGAUGAUUGAGGACAUGUCGACGAACGGUACAUUUGUCGACGACGCUCUGCUAAAGUGCAAGGUCCCUGGCCUGCCGAAGAUCCGAAUGCUAAGCUCAGGAUCAAUCAUCUAUAUCCAGAACGCCAACGAUGCCGAGAUGAUCAAGUUCAUCGUGCGGGUGCCCUCCAGGGUUGCCUACUUGGAACGCUUCCGAGGAAACUUGCGAGACUUUAUCAAUGAAUGCAACCCGGGCAUCGGUGAGGAACAGAGCAAGAUGGUGCAGCGCGUCACCCAACAGUUUGGCGGGCCGGCCAUGAAGUGGGAUGGUGGCGUCUGCUACAAUAUCAUUGGCCAGAUUGGAAAAGGCGCCUUUGCCACCGUCUACCAGCUUGCCACGAAGAUGACCGGAAAGCUGCAUGCUGCUAAGGAGCUCGAAAAGCGGCGGUUCAUGAAGAACGGCAUGCUUGACAAGAAGAUCGACAACGAGAUGAAGAUCAUGCAGGGACUGCGACACCCGAACAUCGUAGAGUUCACUGAAUACCACGAUCAGGGUGAUUACCUGUACAUCAUCAUGGAGUAUGUCCGGAACGGUGACCUACAAGGUUACUUGAAUCAGGUUGGCAAGAUGAAGGAACCCAUCGCGAGGACAAUGGCUCAGCAGAUCCUGAGUGCCCUUGACUAUCUCCACCGGGCUAAGAUCACUCACCGCGAUAUAAAGCCAGACAACAUCCUCGUCGCCGAUUUGGACCCUUUCACCGUCAAGCUCUCCGAUUUUGGAUUGUCCAAGGUAGUUAAGCACGAGGAGACUUUCUUGAAGACAUUCUGCGGCACGUUGCUGUACUGCGCUCCCGAAGUAUUCCCCGAUUUCAACGGACAAUCCAAGGGAACAAAGCGACGACGUGGCGCGAAAGUCUACCAUUCGUACAGCUCAUCUGUGGACAUCUGGUCAUUUGGAGGUGUACUGUGGUAUGCGCUCUGUGGUGAGCCCCCUUUCAAGGGCGUCGCAGAUGCCACAGGCGAGGCCAUGUACCACAAUAUCAUGGACACCACCCUGAACCCCGCACCUCUCCGCAAAGCUGGUGUGUCGGAUCUUUGCAUCGACCUUCUGAUGCGCAUGCUUCGUGUCGACCCGGCGGAGCGACCGACUGACCGUGAGUGUCUGAGUCAUCCAUGGCUCAAGGACGGGGCAACAAUCCCCGCUGAUCCAACACUGCAGUCCAUCGUUGAGGAAGACGAGUCUGAGCAUGCUGAGCAAGAACUAUCACAGCUCAGCAUCCAAGAGGAGGAUGAAGCAGAGAUACAAAACUCGGACGUAGAGGAUGACAUCCUUGGCGACGAAGAAAUGAUGCAGUUUGUCGGAGAGCGAAAGCCAAAGCGUGUCCGCGCCGACCCUCGGUAUCCACGGCAUCAGUUGCGGGGUCGCGACGAUUCCAGCGUGGAGCCUUCAUUUACUUCGUCGCACCUCGUCAACGACGAGAGUUUCAGGGUGAUGCCGACACCAAGGCAAGCCCGUCUGUUUGGUGAGAUUGGCCAGUCUGCACUGCAGAGCUCAGGCAUUCUGAAUGCCCAUGCCAACAAUGCUCUGUCGCAAGAAGAGUCGGUCGAAAUGCCCCAGAAUGACGGAGCUGCAGACUAUAACCAGUCUGCAGCUGAGUCUGAGUACCUGGGACCAUUCACAGCCCCCGCGCAGUUGGAACGCGGCAGCUCGUCGACAAGCCUCCUCGGCACAGAGUCUUUGGUACGGGACCUGAACAUGACCUCGCCGCACUCGCCUAUAUCAAGGACGCAGAGUCCGGCGAUGCCAGCGACUCCGAAGACACCGGAGGUGGUUCAGCACAGUUCCUUGGGCCAAUCAUCAAAAGAGUUCAGCCAAGUCAGCGAGCCGACCCCGAGGGCGAGACCUUCUGGAAUGAACCGCCAGAUCAACCUCCCUCUCACUCCGUCGUACUACUACGACCCAAUGGAUCCCAAUACUCAUAAUCUAGAGUACGCAUCUAGAGUGAGUGGAUUUGACUUUGUAUCCAUGGGCCAGGACGCAGUGAGCGGAGCAUCGGCGUAUCCGGACACGACAGCAUCGGAGGCGAGUACGCGCUCAGUCUCGUCCAGUGCGGCGGCAGCAUCCUCUCCCGCUGCAGAGGUUGUCCCAAUUCCCGUCGAGCUUGAUAUUCGUCCGCCACCUCGGCGACUAGGCAAGCUCAUCGCGACGCCGGAUUCCUUUCUGCCCAACCUAACGAUCAACAUCGACCAGAGCAGGACUUCCUGGGGACGCUUGCCCGGAAACACAGUAGUAUACGAAAACAGUCGCGAUAUACGAGUUCCGAAGACGGCAUUGAUCAUCUUCUUUUACACACCAGACGGAGAUCAAUUGUCCCAGCCAGGCGUAGACUGGACCAGCUUCGAUAACUUGAAAGUCGGAAUCUGGACGUGCGCGACCCACGGCAUUUACAUCAACGGCAAGCACCUCCGACAAAAAGACGAGAACGGCCGGGCACGCUUUGGUCACCUGCACACGGGCGACAUCGUGCAAGUCUACCAGGACGGUCGCGGUACGGAGUGUUUGAAAUUCCGUUGCGAAUUCUACGUUGGCGUAGGCAAGAAUCCGAGACCCCCAGGCGAUCAAUUCGUCAUACAGGCUGGGACUCUGUUGCCACAGUAG